AUGACCUGGGUUAUCGCCAGUUCCUCUUGUGGGCAGCAGCUGACGGCAGACGACAAAAGGAGGGAAAUGAUGAAUUCGGACAAUUUAACCUCCCGAAGCUUCCUCUCUGCAAUUCAUAGCAAUGCCAGCAAUUUAUUCUCAGGGCUCCAGUUUGUUCAGUCCUUCAAGCCACUCAUCAUCCCUUGCUACUCCCUAGUGGUUUUUAUCGGUGUCAUUGGGAAUUAUCUUCUCAUUUAUGUCAUCUGCAAAACCAAAAAAAUGCACAAUGUGACCAGCUUUCUGGUGGGCAAUCUGGCUUUCUCCGACAUGCUCAUGUGUGCAACCUGUGUGCCCCUGACACUCGCAUAUGCCUUUGAGCCCAGAGGAUGGGUGUACGGGCGUUUCAUGUGCUACUUCGUUUUCCUGAUGCAGCCUGUCACCGUGUUUGUGUCUGUCUUCACCUUGACUGUCAUAGCUGUGGAUAGGUACUACGCCAUGGUACACCCCUUCCGGAGGAGGCUCACCAUCCCUAUUUGUGCUUACAUCCUGGCUGCCAUUUGGCUGCUGAGCUGCACCUUGGCUGCCCCAGCCCUGGUCCACACUUACCACGCAGAAUUCCCAGAGCUGGACUUCUCCAUCUGCGAGGAGUUUUGGUUCCACAUGAAAAGAGACCGCUUGGCUUACGCCUACAGCACUCUCAUCAUCACCUACGUGCUGCCCUUGGCCGUCAUCUCCCUGUCCUACCUGAGGAUCUCGGUCAAGCUGAAAAACCGCGUGGUCCCAGGCAACGUCACCCAGGGCCAGGCUGAGUGGGACCGAGCAAGGAGGAGAAAGACUUUUCGCUUGCUUGUCUUAGUGGUGACAGCCUUUGGAGUCUGCUGGCUGCCUUUGCACAUCUUCAACAUGAUCAAGGACAUAGAUAUCAGCUUAAUUGACAAGCAGUACUUCAAUUUCAUCCAGCUGCUGUGCCACUGGUUUGCAAUGAUGUCUGCUUGUACCAAUGCCUUCCUCUAUGCCUGGCUCCAUGACAGCUUCAGAGGGGAGCUGAAGAAAAUGUUUGCCUGGAGAAAGAAGAAAAUUGGACCCACUACAAACUGCAUUAUGGCCAGUGUGGUGCUGUAAACACGAGAGCUGGUGGGAGUGGACUUUCUUCGUGCAGUAACACUGAAACAUACAAAAGAAUGGGAGGAGAUGGCUUUAAUUCCUACAUCUAUAUUUCCUACAAUUUCUACAUUUCCAUUAGCUGCUGGAGAUGCUGCUUCAGCAGCUGGCAGUGCUGCAGAGAGCAGCUUGGUGCCUUCCAAAGGAGCAGUGAGAUUUCCCUCCAUGCUGAUUGCAGUUGUUGGUUUCCAGACAGCUUGCUAGAAAGGCAACCUGUAGCUCACAGCAGCAGGAGGGGUUUUAGCUCCAGGACCUGUGAGAUCCCAGUGAUGUGGGUGGUGCUGAGGACCAAUCCUGCAUGGGGGGGGACCCCUUAUCAACUGCAGUGACCUGGGCUCGCCGCCCCAUCACACCCACCCCAAGGCAGGUGAACUCUAGAGGAGAGUUGGCUGUGAUGCAGUCAUGGGUUUUUAACGCUCCUUGCAUCUCGAGUUCAUGUAGCCAGCUGCAUUUGGGAGUGUGAAGGAUGUACAAUGCACUGUAUUGUACAACAAGCCUUUAUUGGGCUUGUGGAGUCAGGGCAAGAAAAAACAAAAAAAAGAAUAUUUUUGCACUUGAGCGAUAGCCAUCCAAAGGCUGAAUCUGUGACCACCCGGAGGCUGUUUCUGCAUGAAUGGAGGAGGAACUGCUCAAGCCUUCUUGCGAGUGUGGCCCUUCACCUGCAGCGUGCCAUUCAGCUUAGCAGCUCUGUUGCAUUUCUCCUCAUGGCCCUCAGCAAUACAACAAGCAUUAACAGAGGCAAGUCAGGUGCACGCACAAUGCCAGAACCAUUUGCAUAUGGCCCGGAGACAGCUGAGCUGUGUGGGGGCACACCUGAGGAAGGGCCUUUUAUGAAACUGGCUGAAACACUGGGCCUGAAGUUCUGAGGCUGAGGUUCAACCAACACACUCCUCAGCAACUGCACCUGU